UCUGCAGCACGAACAGAUGCUUCUCUAUCUGUUGGGACUAUCUCACUCCGUUGCUUCAGAUCUGACUUAAUAGCUCUCCUCCUCAGUGUCCCUUCCAUCAGCAUAUUGCUUGUUGAUGUUUUAGUGUCCAUCACCCCAGCCAGGGCAGAAACUGAGAGCUCAGGCUCCACACGUUUCUGUUUCAGCAAAGAGAAAGUAGAAUAUUUCAUCCAAAAGUAAUACCUCAAAGGAAAGGCAGAGUUUGACAUUAAUCAGUGUGUACACAGCGACGCACCCCAUCUGCAGAAGAGAAGCAAGGUCUGAGCAGCCGUCACGUUUCUGGUGGAGACAUCAAAAAGCAACAGGGGAGACAUCAAAUUAGAUGAAGCUGGAAAAGCAGCGUAGUUGUAGGAUGGAACUAAAGAAAUCGUGGGUACAGGAUCCUGAAUUCCCACAAACCCCCAGCAGCAGAGCUGGGGUAUCCCAGACAUCGGGGAGCUCCUCUCAGGACCAGGCAGGGGAUGGAAGACAACCAUUCUGUGGGCAAAGAAUUUUUUUUUGGCAGGGUAACUGGACCUUUUUGUUUGCUUGACGUGCAAUCUGAGCCAGCAGCUGUGUCUGCGUGGUCCUUACCCAGGGUGGGGGCAGCUCCUUGGCACAGUGCAACGGUGCAAGACCCUCACUGGCAUCAUGUGCCGGGGAUGCUCUGGGGGACAGGACCACCGACCGCAGCACCUCACGGGUGAGGUGUUUGGCCACCCGGUGCCACCGAGGUGGAGGAGGAACCUCGGGGGAGGGAGGAAAGUGUCCCCAGCUCCAGCACAGCAACGGGACACCCAGGCCUGCGCUCCGUGGCACGCUUACAGCUGGCUUUUGGGCUGGCCAUUGUUUCUGCUGUGCAAUGCAGACCCGGGGUGCCCAUUUCCCAUUCCCCCCCUCUCCCUGAGUCACACGCUCCGAGGGGAAGCACUGCCCCUGGGUGUCUGCAUCUCUGCGUGGGGGCAUGCGGGAAGGGCCAGUGCCAGCAGCGGGGCGGCCCCCGCAGCCGCCCUGGCCCUUCCCUGUGGGACGAUGCUCGCUGUUCCCCCGCCCCGGGGGCCAGUGGAUGCCCAUGGCUUUCAGCCGAGGGUUGCUGUUGGUGGCCGGUUCUUUCGCCGCCUUUCGCCUGCUAAACCGGGGACUGGAGCGACUGGUGCCGCCGCCGCCCUCGGCCUGGCGCAACCGCUGGAAGUGGCGCAACAUCUGGACAUCGCUGGCACACAGCGUGCUCAGCGGCGGCGGGGCGCUGGCCGGGUUCUGCCUCCACCCUGUGCUGUCUGAGGACCUGGUGAGCACGCACCCACCUGGGGCACACAGCCUGGUCGCCGUAUCUGUAGGUUAUUUCCUUGAAGACUUUGUGGACAUGUUGUGCCAUCAGAAACUUCACCAGUCCUGGGAGCUGCUCUUCCAUCACUCCGUGGUGAUUGUCUGCUUUGGCAUUGCAGUGCUGCUCCAUCAAUAUGUUGGGUUUGCCCUCGUGGCUUUACUGGUGGAGAUUAACUCCAUCUUCCUCCACCUGCGGCAGAUCCUGCUCAUGGCUGACCUGAUGCACACCACCUGCUACCGCCUCAACAGCAUCGUCAACCUGGGCACCUACGUGGUGUUUCGCAUCACCACGCUGGCCUGGAUGGCUCACUGGCUUUUUCUCAAUCGGGAGAAUGUGCCCCCAGCAACGUAUGCUGUAGGCACAGUGGGCAUGGCAAUCAUGACGCCCAUGAACCUCAUCCUCUUCUACCGCCUGCUGCGUAGUGACUUCUUCAAAUCCGGCCAGGACGUGCAGCGGGAGAAGGAGGAGUAGCCCCCUUCCCCGCAGGGUCAGGGGGGUGAGCAGCCCUGAGCCCACGGAGGAGGACAGCAAAGCGUGGUGGAGAGUGAACGUGGCUGUUCCAGUACCUUGCGUGGAGGGUCCACGCUAACAGAGCAUCUGGGCCUUUCUUGCGGCUGCAGAUCCCGGGCCCUGUGCAGCAGAGAAGGUGCUCACGGACCAGGCCCUGGGGCUCUGCUCCCCCUGCCCCUUUGGAUGACGUGGUCAGAUGACUGGGAGCUGCUCAGAGAAGCCUCAACAGCUCUCACAGCUCCCCGAGGCACCGCUGACAUGAGGAGGGAGCAGAAGAGCACUGUUUCCCCACUGCUCCUCUGGACAUCCAAACACCACAGCAGUUCCAACUGCUUCCUCAUGAUUUCCCUCUCCAUCUCCAGCUUUUGUGCAGGUGUGAUGGCUCCAAGGUUGGUGCUCUGGAAUGACCUCCUGCAGUGUACUGCCAAUGCAUCAACGUAACAAGACUUGUGUUCCUCUCAGCUCCAGUGCUGAUAUUUUACCUGUUUGUCUCAGCUUCAGCACUAAUAUUAGCACAUCCCUUGUGAUAAACAACUUUGACUUUUCCAUACUCUUUCAGUGGUCUGGAUCUUUCUUCCCUCUGUGUUGUGUCUACAGUAACAGUGGAGGUCUCUGUGGCUUCAACCUUUACAAUAAAUUGGAAUUAAAAACCCCAAACCCUCAUUUCUAAGCCCGUUAACUGAUUAAUUGUCUAGACAGUAAUUGCUCAAUUUCAGUUUGAUCUAUAUUCCUUUAGCUAAGG